AUGGGUUCAGAAGGGGAAUCAGCAACGCCACCAAAAGCAAAAGAUGCGAAAGAAUGGGUGGAGGAUCUGCAACGUACUGUCAUUCAAUCUAAAGACUCUGCUCUUCGUUCUGCUCGUUCUCUUCAACAAAACUCUUCCACCCAUCUUCGUUCCUUGCAGGAUUCUUUUCCCCAUGCCAUCACCAAGUAUACAGCUUACGAACAAGCUUUUCUCAACAAAAUUAAAGAGGAGUUGAAGGGUGCACGGGAACACCCUGGUCCAGCUGUUGGAAUUGCUCUUUCUGCUGGUGUCCUUCUCUUGCGAGGUCCGAGAAGAUUUUUGUUUCGUCAUACAUUGGGUCGACUUCAAAGCGAGGAGGCAAAGUUUGUCAGGGCUGAGAAGAAUGUCAAAGAGUUGAACCUCUCUGUUGAUUUAAUGAAGAAGGAGAGCAAAAAACUGCUGGAAAGGGCAAGUCUUGCUGAAAAGGAUAUGAAGCGUGGAGAAACGGAGCUCUUGAAUGCUGGAAGUCAAGUUCAGCGUCUCACUAAACAAGCUUACAAAGUUGAAACCCAAGCUGCAGAUUUGAUGGAAGGCCUGAGAGAAAUCCCCGGUAGGGAGGCAUUGAAACUUAGAGCUGAGGUUGCUUCUAUGGCUUCACUCCUGCAGCGGCAGAGGGUUGCGCUCGAUAAACGGAUAAUGAAGAUCUCUGAGUUAGGAGUUCCUGUUUGAUUCCGUAUAGAAAUUUUACUAAGUACUUGAAUUUUUUUAUUAUCAAUCGCAUUAGAAAUUGUUUGGUUAUUCUGGUUUUGUACAAGCAUUUGAAGAUUGAAAUAAGAGGAA